CACUUGGGGAGGGCAUUGCUGCUUAAAAUGCUGUGAAUGUGACAGCCAAUAGUCCAGACUGCCCGCGUGGGGAAGGCGAUGGGAGAAGCCAUGUACAACCAGAAACGAAAAUGAGAACAAAAACAACACACUCGCAGACGCAAGACUGACACCGCGAGGGAAGGUGCAGGCAGAGACGGCGCGCUCUACUCUACAAGUGACUGGAUACAUUUGUUCCAAACAUCGAAGGGAAAAACGCACAUAGAGAGGGAAGGGACGACGGACUGUGGUGCGAGUAGCGUUACCCUUGGGGGGGAAAGAUGACCGUAGUGCCCGGAGAAAACCUUGAUGAGACUGUGGCACUGGCAGCCCUGUCCCAAGAUGUCUAUGACCCAGAGCGAGCGGACCAGGAAUGCUGCGAGAGGGUGGUCAUCAACAUCUCCGGGCUACGCUUUGAGACUCAACUGAAAACCCUCGCGCAGUUCCCCGCCACCUUGUUAGGGGAUCCAAGGAAAAGGAUGCGUUUCUUUGAUCCGCUUAGAAAUGAAUACUUCUUUGACAGGAAUCGACCCAGCUUUGAUGCCAUCCUCUAUUAUUACCAGUCUGGGGGGCGGCUCCGGAGACCUGUUAAUGUGCCCGUGGACAUAUUCAUGGAGGAGAUUAAAUUUUAUGAAUUAGGUGAGGAGGUUAUCGAAAAUUUCAAGGAAGAUGAAGGAUUCAUCAAAGAAGAAGAACGCCCAUUGCCAGAAAACGAAUUCCAGCGUCAAGUCUGGCUUUUGUUUGAGUACCCCGAAAGCUCUGGACCCGCAAGGGGAAUCGCAAUAGUUUCUGUUAUGGUCAUUUUGAUAUCGAUCGUUAUUUUCUGCUUGGAGACCUUGCCGGAGUUUAGGGAAGAUAACAGACUACCCGAGGAUCACCUUGCUUUGAACGGAACUGUUCGCAUGAAGAAGCCAAACCCGUUCACGGACCCGUUCUUUAUUGUGGAGACGCUGUGCAUCAUAUGGUUCUCCUUCGAACUGCUCGUGAGGUUUCUCGCGUGCCCGAGCAAGCCCGCCUUCUUUAAAAAUAUCAUGAACACCAUAGACAUAGUGGCGAUUAUGCCCUAUUUCAUUACCCUUGGCUUGGAACUCGCGGAGCACCAAGGAAACGGUCAGCAAGCCAUGUCUUUGGCUAUACUGAGGGUUAUCCGCUUGGUGCGAGUCUUUAGGAUCUUCAAGCUCUCCAGGCACUCCAAGGGCCUUCAGAUCCUGGGAAAGACUCUGCAGGCGAGCAUGAGGGAGCUCGGGCUCCUCAUUUUCUUCCUCUUCAUCGGGGUCAUCUUGUUUUCCAGCGCUGUGUACUUCGCCGAGACCGACGACCCAGAGUCGGGAUUCAGCAGUAUCCCAGACGCGUUCUGGUGGGCAGUGGUCUCCAUGACUACUGUAGGCUAUGGAGACAUGUGCCCGGUCACCAUCGGGGGCAAGAUAGUCGGCUCGUUGUGUGCCAUCGCUGGUGUGCUGACCAUUGCGUUGCCAGUCCCCGUCAUUGUCUCCAAUUUCAACUAUUUCUAUCACCGGGAGACGGAGCACGAGGAGCAGUUCCAGUACACACAUGUAACGUGUGGGCAGCAGCAGCCAUCGUUUGGAGAAUUUAAAAAGAGUGACAGCAAGCCCUCGCUCACCAAAUCAGAGUACAUGGAUUCAGACGAUUUCGAUGCAAUAAAAUUUACAAAUUGUAGCCCGCACAAAGCGUACACGGGCAAGCUGACUGAUGUAUGAUUGUAGACUGGGCAGAAAUGGAACCAGAGAAACGUGCGUUUCUUGUGAGUACAUCCCCAUAUGGCACUUUUGCUUAAUAUAUAUUAGCAGCCUCUUAUUCCCGCCAUUCUUAACUUAAAAGGAGGGUUCUAUGACAGAAAACCAUAAAAAGGUUAACAGAGACGCGGUCUGUGAUUUCUCUCCCUCUAAUUUAAAACUGUCUUCCAUCUUGUGCGCUCAUUUUAUUUAAUGCGUAAAGUUAGCAUUAAAUCCCAAAAAUCUGCAACUAAAAACAACCUCAUAUCCAUUCUAUGUCCAACCUCUCGUUGUAGCACUUUAUACUCAUAACCUUAGUAAUAUACUUGGUAUCACUUACAGUUGUGUCAUUAAGGAAGUUUACAUACGAUUUGCUUAUUUGGUGAAGAGCGAGAUAAUAGGACCAAUUAAAAUUAAUCAAGCAAUGUACAUGGACGCUCCUCCUUGCUUGAGGGCAGUGCAAUUAAUUCCACAAGGUCACUCCGAGAGACGACCUUCCCCUAUUGUUUUCCCUACGUCUCUUUCGGUCACGUAUUUUCCAUGACUGUCACCGUGCAGGCAUCAUCUCCAUGCUUCAGUAAUGGGGAAUUAGCGGAGUUGGAUGUAUUCAUGUAGCGAUGCCAUUGUCCCUUAUAUCGGGGACGCUAUGGCUGGUGUGUGCCCUCUAAGGACCGCGCACAUCGCCAUCAAAAACCAGCUGUCACUGGAACGUGACGAGCAGUCACCGAGCCAGCUAACAUACCUGCUCUGCUUUUCGCAGCGAAAUGCCCUCUAGAUUUAGGCUACUUUGCCGUCGAUAUUGAUUCAAAGCACUUUUCAUACACUUUUGUGUUCUGAUUAACCGUGACGGACACGAUUCUAAAUUAAACAAAACAGACUGGUUAUAUUGUUUACGUUCGCUGCAGAGGAAUUGUAUUUCCUGUGUCUAUUCCCGUACUGUCAGUCAAGUCAGAGAUGGCCUCUGGUGUAUUACGGCAAUGCCGAUGACAACAAAUAUAUCUAAAAUGAAAAUGGUGCAAUUAAUUUAUUCUUAAAUGUGCAGAUGAAUGAGAUUAAAAACUUGAUAAGGGAAUGCUAUUUUGUUAGCUACAUGCUGGUUAAUUUCGUGAGAUUUCUGAACCAGGAGCGCCACUGUGUGGCUCAAAAGGAGCCCUGCAGUCGUCUCAGAAUAUAGUUAUGUUUCUAUGGCAACCUUCCAGACUGUUCUACAUCUUUGACUCCGGCAAAGCAUGUUGCCUUUUAAAUUAGAUAGCUGGUUAACUAUGUACUGGAAGGCUUCAAACUAUCGUUUGACUUGUGUGCAUAUAGUACUUUAAUGCGCGUACAAUAAUUAUUCAGGCUUUUUUCAUCUAUCAACUUUCCAUUGCCCCGCUGAUACUUCUCACACCGACUUAACGUAAUGUAAACAAAUGAUAGCCUACUUAAAGUCUAUGAAACAAAAACGCAAAUGCAAAGUCAAAUGUAUUUGGCAACAGAUCCCCUCUUUUUGGUCCAUUAUCUUCCACCCUGUUAUAAAAAUCAGUGACACAAAAGAGGUUUACAGAAAUCAGUGGCGGAUUUUGCGCACUGUGUGAACACCACGUUCUAAGAAUACUUCAUUGCAACGUUUGGUUGCUUGUUCGAGGAAACGUUUGCAGAAGUGGAAAAUAAAUAAAGUGCUACAUGAAGCCAUUUGAAAGGUGCCAGCUGAACAUAAAUGAGGACAGGAUACAUAAAGGACAGAUCUCCGCAUCUCUGCACUCGUGGGUUAACAUACACCUGUGUCGGAAAUCGUCAAAUCCAAAACAGAAAGAAAAAGACAACAGAAACUGGUUUGUGGAAAUCAGCCAUCCACACUGUUUCCUUGCAUCCUCAAUUAAAGGAAAGAAGUGGAAGAUUCUUUCACAUACCCUUUACUGUGGCAUCGGGAUGAACCUCGGGAUCCGAUUGGCUGCAUAAGGUGCGGCGGUGACACGUCAUCGUCAUACCUACAGCAGAUUACCAAUGCAAUGAAUAUGAAUGCUAAUGAACAAAGACCUGGCCAUGGCACUUGAACUCUUGAGUCAAGUGCUCUAACGUUAAGGGAUGGGGAGGUGAUGUUCAAAUACUACACAGGAAAACGCAGCGACCAUUCUGCUUUGAGGCGAUGGAAGAACAAGCAAAGGACAGCCUUACCUUCAUUUCAUCACUUCAGAGAGAAACAGGAGACAACGGGGAAACAAAGUGGUUUCACACUUGGCAGAGCAGCUGAAGGUGCCGUCUCGUAUGUGUGGGGCGCUUCCUGAAAUAAAACAAAGGCAGAGAAAACCCUAUUUAAGUCUUUGGCAGGAAAACUCAGAGAGACAGUUCAAAAAUGUGCAAAUAAGACUGGCGAGAGGACUGAGCUAUGCGAGGCCUUUACCAUGGAAUCCAACAUAAAUUACUCGCUCGGAUAUGAACUACAGAGCUGAGUUUGCUGAAGGUAACCAGCAAAUGUGUGACUUUCAGAAAGAAGCAAACUAAGGUACAAAAAAUGUUACUUGAAUCACCCAUCAUAUACAUACAUACAUAUGCGUAUUAUAAAACCCUUAAUGUAUUCAAGAUUACUUUUGUUUGGGAAACCACAUCCCAGGUUCAGUCAAACUGAAAGGUGCUUUGUCUUCCACUUUGAAUUGUGAAAUUAAGCAAAAGUUGCUUUUUUGCCACUGCUCAUGCAAAAUUAUGAGUGUGGUGCUUGUGCAAUUUAAUACAAUUAUAUAAGGAAAAAUGUAUCCUUACUUAAUUUCAUUAUUCAAAGUUAAAGACAAAGCAUAGGUCAGUUAGACUGAAUCGGGCCCCAAGUUUGUGAAGUUUUAGGAAUAUAUUAAGAGUAUGUACUCAGUGUACAUUAAAUAUCAUGUGCUAUACCAAAACAUAUAUUGCAUGCUUGAAAGUAGGGCAUUUAAACAGGUAAAAUGAUAGUGUUUUUGUUCUGUGUCAACAGCUCAAAACUGCUCCGAUGCCAGUAGUUUACCUUGUGGGAACAAU